AUGGUGCAACCACAAGAAGUUGAUGUUAUCGUCGCGGGGGGCGGGCCUGGGGGCUGUGUCGUCGCUGGCCGUCUCGCGGUUGCUGAUCCCUCCCUCAAAGUCAUGCUCAUCGAAGGGGGUGCUAACAACAGAGACGAUCCCUGGGUAAGCUCGAGUGGCCGAUCUGCGGCGCAGGAUUCUGAUUAUCUUGUGUUCAAGUCUACCGGUCCGUCGUUCAUGACCCACGCUGCUUCGUUCCCUCGCACUCACCGCGGAUCCGGAUCGCAGACCGGGCAUCUACGUCCGCAACAUGCAGCGCAACGGCAUAAACGACAAGGCCACGUUCUACAUCAACACGAAGGCCUCGUCGCAUCUCCGCGGAAGACAGAGCAUUGUCCCACGCGCGAACAUCCUCGGCGGAGGGAGCAGGUCAGAAUGCCAUUCUUCGAUGAGCCCCGCAGAGAUAACCCGAACCCCCGUAGUAUUAAUUUCCAGAUUUACACAAGGGCAUCCGCCUCCGAUUGGGGUGAUUUCUGCUCGUUUAGCUCAGCGUUCUUCGAAGUUGACGGGUUUCAGAUGACUGCAAAUCCGAGGGAUGGACUGCGAAAGAUCUACUGCCUUUGAUGAAACAGGUAUUGGCAGUUAUGACGUAGCAAGCAGCUUGGUACACAGCCUGUCACGUGUCUAAUCUC